CAUCGAACAGUGAGAUUACCGGAUCUUAACAAGCGAGCAUAAGAUUUACGAGUAUAUAUGUAUAUAUAUAGAUAAUAAAUGGUCCAGGAAUUGGGAGAGGAAUCACCGGCAGAAUGACAAAAAUUAUUAUGAAUUGGAUAAAAGCACAAAUUGUGCGCAGGUAUGUUCGUAGCACAGUGAUAUUAUUCUGCGACUACGGGCUAAAAACUGUUGUAAUAAAAAGCUCGGAAGGCCAGGGCUCCAGUGGUGGUUCGACCAAAUCCAAAAUUAUAAAAAAAAUUUGUCUUAUUGCGGUCGCCCCUAAGAAGCAAACGUCAAGAUCUUCGAUUGUUUUAAAUAAAAGCUCCUCCUAAAAAUAUAUCGGCUGUUCGGAUGCAGCUUAGGAUAAAGUGUAGAUCUCUUCAUUUAUUUGAAAACCAUAAAAACGCACACCAUAACGUGGAAGAGAAGCCUGGCCGAAAAUCGCCGAUUAUAUAUAUAAAUAUACAAUUAUAGAUACAAAAUUAAAGUUUAAAAAAAGUAUAUGUAUAGGAAAAUCUAUUUUUAUGCCUGACUUCCCAAGCCUCACUCACAAAACAAAUGUGGCAUUGCCGUGCCACGAAAUGGUAAAUGUAUCACGUUUCAGAUGGCAAUGUAAUCGAGACGCGACAAAGAGCAAUCAACGCAUCCCUAAAGUUGAUUCACAAACAAAAUUCUGGCGUAAUAGCAGAUUUGGAAAGACGAAAAUAUCUUUUGGACCCGAAAUAUUUGACAAAGCGAGAUAUUCAACACUAUUACCGGAAUUAUCAUGUCUCAAAGAGCCAACGUCAUUAUAAGAAAAUAAUAUUUAUCAUUUUAACUAUAUGCCUUAUCGCGUACCUAUUUGUUGAUUACAAUCUCCGAACAAAAAUUAUCCAGUUUCGUGAUCGUUUCGAAUUCCUGGCACGCGUUGAUGGCAAUUAUAACAUUACACAGGCAUAUUUUGUUAAUACACCAGGUUGUCAUAUCCCCUACUUUGACGUAUCCAACUAUCACAUAAUGCAGUAUAUAGGUUCACCUCCAAAACUAAAGUGUAAAAAGUCGAUUACACGAGCAAGCGACCUCGGUUCCCGUUUGUGGUGGACCAUGACAGAUAAAGAGAUACAGCAUUAUUAUAAAGUAAACGACACCAAUAAAAUCAACUGCCACUAUACUCCUCUGCAACACAAUUACACAUUAUCAGUUAAUACUUUCGGUACCGAAAUUUCAUUCAAAUUACUUUUUAAUCAAUCGAUCGAAAUCAUACCAGAAACGGAGUUUAUACGAGUCCGGUGUUCCGAUGGACAAAAGCAAUACUUUUAUGAAGAUUAUCAUUUUUUCGCUUUGAAUAAAACAAACUCUAAAAUUAUUUUACAAGAGAAGUCUAAGGAUAAUGUUCGGAGAAAAGAGUUAAGGAAUGCAAGAGGAAGGCACGCAAUCAAAGACAAUUCAUAUAUGAAAAACAAAACGAAUAUGCCUGGGCAACAGCUCUCUAUAAUGAUUCUUGGCAUUGAUAGUGUAUCACACUUAAACUUCUUGCGACAUAUGAAGCGCACUGCCGAUUUCAUUAGAAAGCAUCUUAACUACGUUGAAUUUUGGGGCUUUAAUAAAGUUGGGGAUAAUACCUAUCCCAACCUGAUUCCCCUCUUAACUGGUCUUGCAUCAGACGAGUUGAAAUUAUCUUGUAUGCGGGCAAAGGGAAUGAACUACAUUGAUGGUUGCCCUUUUAUAUGGAAACGCUUUAAAGAAGCUGGGUAUAUAACUGCAUUUCUGGAAGAUGUAGCAGAGUCUAGCAUUUUCGGAGUUAAUCCAAUAUUUAAAUAUCAACCAACUGACUAUUAUAUACGACCAAUAACUUUGGAAAUGGAGAAAAAAAUUCAAUAUUAUUACUCAGUAAAUGUUAAUUUAUGUAUGGGAGGGCGUCGUACAGUUGAUCUUGUACUUGAAAUGGUUCAUAAACUGAUGCCUUUUUUGCAAACCGAAAACUUCUUUUCAUUAUUUUGGUUAUUAUCUAUGACUCAAGACUUAAUAUAUAUGCCAAAGUUAUUAGACAAUGAUUUUGUUGAUUUAUUUGAAAGGUUUCAAACAUCUGGAAUUUUUAAUAAGACAGUAGUUCUACUUAUGAGCGAUCACGGCUUACGCUGGGGUUCAUUUCGUGGAACAUACCAGGGUAUGAUGGAAGAACGCCAACCACUCCUAGUAGCCAUAUAUCCAACAUGGUUCAAACAAAAAUAUGCAAAAGCCGUUUAUAAUCUGGAAAACAAUGCAAAAAGGUUAACAACAUUCUAUGAUGUGUAUGCAACAUUGUUAGAUCUUCUUAAUUUAGAUAAUUUACGACCUUCUACUCUACAAGCCCGUUCUAAAGAGAUUCUAGAGUCUGACGUCAUUCCCAGAGGUAUAAGUCUUUUUCUUUCCGUACCAGAAACACGGACCUGUGAAAACGCCGGCAUUGCGAAACAGUGGUGUACAUGUUAUCAACGAACUGAAAUGCCAACGAAUGAUGGUCAAGUACAGGAAGCAGCACGUUACACGGUCAAAUUAAUUAACGAACAAUUGAAAUCAUACCCACAAUGUAGAGUAUUAUAUUUAAACUCUAUAUUGGAGGCCGUUAUGCUGACGCCACAUAACACCAUUAUUAGAGAUGUAAACAAUGAUUAUGGAGUCGAUAUUAGUUUGCGUCUGCAAACUAAGCCUGGACUAGCCGUGUUCGAGUCAACGGUUCGCAUAGCAGGCUCCAAAAAAAAACUUGCUAGUACAAUUAGUCGUCUUAAUUUAUAUGAGAGUCAAAGCUAUUGUAUUAAGAAGAGUGAGCUUAAAAUGUAUUGCUAUUGUCACAGAUAAAAGUAAAGUAUAGGCAAGCUUUUUAUUAAAUAUUUCAAAAAUGGACAGAAGUCUUUUGAAUAUUUUGAAAAAGAUGCAGGUAACAAUGGUAUCGACAUGCAAUGCAAUCGAUUUCUUCUCCGUAAUUUUCAAUCAUUCAGAGGUUAAGCCACUCCGCACUCUACGGAGUAUGUGGGUGUGCACAAAGCAAACACAAUGAAAUUUUCUUUAACUUUAUACACAAU